AUGAGUGUUUCAGUCGCGGAUAGGAAUGUUGGUAUGAUUUGCCAGGUGCAAACCCCUGUGCUCCCAGUCCUGGUCGUUAAGGUUCGACAAGCAACCAAUCCUUGGCAUGGAAACUUCGUACGGAUAACGGCCAAUACAGCGAUGGCGGCAGCAAGCGAGGAGCGCACACAAAAUCUGCCGCCAGAAGAUCGAUAA